AUGGGGCAAAUCCACGAAAUAACCAGCCAUACCAUAAUCGAUUUUCGCAACAGUCGCAAGGUUCAGAAAAUCGAGGCGUCCAUCAGAGAGUUGACCACAUCGAUCGAGAAAUUAACCUCUCAAGGGAAACUGCCGUCACAAACAGAGCCAAACCCUACACAAAAUGCAAAUGCAGUGACGUUACGAAGCGGAAAGGUACUGGAAUCGAUUCCUGACAGGAAUCUUGCCCAAGAAAUCUCCCAGGAAAAACCCGAAAAAGACGAACAGGUCCGACCGAAGCCUCCAUUGCCUAAAAUUCAACCUCCAUUUCCAGAACGAUUCAUCCAAUGUCGAAGAGGUAAAGAGGACAAGGAAAUUCUUGAAACAUUUAGAAAUGUCGAGAUCAACAUUCCGCUGUUGGAUGCCAUUAAGCAAAUAUCGCGGUAUGCUAAAUUUCUUAAAGAGCUUUGCACCAACAAGCGAAAAUUAACAGGUAAUGAAAGGGUGAAUGUUGGUGAGAAUGUAUCCGUAGUGUUACAGCGGAAAAUGCCGGCAAAAUGCAAGGAUAGGGGUUUUUUGACAAAAACAGGUGUUAUCAUUCAAUUGGCGGACAGUGUCACAGCAUCCGUAGGAGUCCUCGAGGAUGUUCUGGUAAAAGUUAACGAGCUUAUUUUCCCUGCAGAUUUUUAUGUGAUCAAAAUGGAGGAGGAUAGCACUCCUGGGUCUUCAGAUCUCCUACUGGGUCGACCGUUCCUUAGUAUAGCAAAUACUAAAAUUGAUGUUCGAAGUGGAACUCUCACGAUGGAGUUUGAUGGAGAGAUCGUAAAGUUUAAUGUCUACAACGCCAUUAGCCAUCCAAGUGAAAUAUUUAGCUUAUUAUCUCCAAAUACUAAACUGUUACCUUCUGUUAAACAAGAACCAGAGUUGGAGUUAGAACCCACAGGAAAGGCAAGGAACUUAGACAUCCAAGAGUUAAAAGAAAUUCGCAAUGAUGCCUACGAGAAUGCUCACAUUUAUAAAGACAAGACAAAGUUGUUUCACGAUAAGAGAAUAGCUCAGAAGCAUUUUUCGGUAAGCUUCGAUCACGAUGGCAAGGACCUUUCAUUGUUACUAAAGUGUUCACACAUGGAGCAGUUGAAAUAG